AUGAAGCUCGAGCUCACCCCCUCAGCCCUCGUGGAAGGGCUCUCGUCCCUCAUCCGUGGCACCAUCUCCUUCGCCGUCCACCGUCCACUCACCACCUCCUUCGCCAUACUCAUCCUCCUCCCCCUCACGCUGCUCCUCGUGACGGUCCUGACCUUCUUCACCAUCGCCCUUUGGCGCUAUGCAAAGCUCCACGUCCUCGGCAUCGACGAAUACUCUCACUUCCCGCGACCCGCCCGAACCGAUCGCUACCCGCUCCUCACCGGCCACCUCGGCCACAUUCGGCGCAACCCGCCCACCCUCGGUCACCUCUCCUUCGUCACCCAGCUCAAAACCCGCGUUUACGUCUACCGCGGUCUCUUUUACAGUCCAAGAUUGUUCAUUGCGGACCCACGGGCGAUGCUGCACAUGCUCUCCGCGGCCAACUCGUACACCUACGAAAAGCCGGCGAGUACGCGGUUGGUGUUGAAGAACUUUCUCGGGGAAGGAGUAUUGGUCGCGGAAGGCGAGGUGCAUAAGCGGCAACGGAAAAUCUUGCAACCUGCGUUCAACGUGGGUGCGAUCCGCGAACUCAACCCUGUGUUCAUGCGAUACUCUCGCGAACUCGCGGAGAAGAUCGGGCUCAUGAUCGACCUCUCCUCCUCCCCCUCCAAGGACGGAGGUGCCGAUGGAGUGGAGAAAGCGUUCGUAGGUCAACCCCAACCGUCACUGAAAGUGAGCGAACGGGGCAAGCCCGUAUUCGACGUGUCGUACUGGACAACCCGGGCAGCACUCGACAUCAUCGGCGUCGCCGGUUUCGGCUACCACUUUGAAUCCCUCAAGAUCAAUACUGACCCCUCCAUCGUCGAGACUCGCCCCGGUGAUACGCUAGGAAACGCCUUUCAAACGCUCUUCAAGCUGACGCUCAAGAUCGACAUCCUGCGCUUCCUCCAGAUCUACCUCAGUAACUUCUGGUUCCUUUCCUGGGUAGAUCGCAUUCCUUCCCAGCGCAAACGAGCCACCGAGGGGGCGUAUGCGAUACUGGAAGAGGUGUCUCAACAGAUUGUCGAUCGGAAGAAGGAGGAGAUCCGCAAAGAGAUGGAGGCGGAUCUUGCCGCAAGUGGGAAAGGCGGGUAUACCAAGGCGGGUUUUGACGAGAGCGAAACGGGGGGCAAGGAUCUGUUGCAUCUGAUGAUGCGAGCGAAUAUGGCGGCGGAUGUGUCGGUGAAGGAGAAGUUGGAUGAUAAGGAGUUGAUCGGGCAGAUUACCACGUUGCUCAUUGCAGGGCAUGAGACGACGUCCACUCAGACCGCAUGGACGUUGCACCUUCUCUCCCAACAACCGACAAUCCAGCAAAAGCUGAGGGAGGAGAUUCACGACCAUUUCGGGAGGGACAUGGAACGCGAUGUGGGGUACGACGAGUUGAUGGGGAUGCCUUUCCUCGACGCGGUGUGCAAGGAGAGCUUCCGAGUUCGAUCUGCGGUGCCGUCGACCAUCCGAGUGGCUACCGCCAGCGCCACCAUCCCGCUCAGCCAACCUUAUCCGACAAGGGAUGGAAAGGGGUCGAUCACGAGCGUCCACAUCCCCAAAGGGAGGGAAGUGUUCAUUCCGAUUCAAGCGAUCAAUUCCGACCCGGCCAUCUGGGGCGAUGACGCAAACGAGUUCAACCCGGAUCGCUGGCUCAACCUCCCCACGGAGGCCAAGAGCAGCGGUUUGCCGAUGCACCUCAUGACCUUCAUCUCGGGUCCCAGGGGGUGUAUUGGCAACAGGUUCGCACUGGCUGAGUUCAAGGCCAUGCUGUGCCACCUGGUCGGCAGGUUCGAGUUCGAGGAGGUGGAGGGGUGGAAGAUCGAGGCGAAACAGACGGCUGUGAUUCGGUCCAGGGUGGUAGGCCAGGAGGACGUGGGACCGCAAAUGCCACUGAGGGUGAGCAGGAUCGCCAAGGACAAAUCGUAG